AUGUUGUCUCGAGUUGAGCGAUUUUUGGACUCACCAUCUCGCAUCGAUCUGCGGGUCCAGCUGGAUAGAGAGCAGGCCGUGUACACCAACGAGGACGCGGUAUCAGGUCAUAUCAUCCUUCGCAAUGAAGCGCAAGUUGACGUUGCGGCAAUCACGGUGACGCUUUCGGGAUCUGCAACUUCGAGGCUGCGUUCUGGGAAACUUACCGAGUCACAUCAGGUAACUAUUCUCAAUUCAUUCAAGGGUCCUUUGGUUUUUGACAGUGCGAGGCAGCUAUUCAAACGAGUCGAACAAGUGUUCCCUCUCAAUCCAGGCUCGAGCUGGUUUACAAACUCUCGUGCUAUGAGCCUCGGUCCCGGAGAAUACACAUUUUCCUUCUCAAUUCGGGUAUGUACUGCACCGCUCACCAUCUGCCUAGGGUCUGUUUAUCUCACAUCGGGUAUCUUCCAGUUCCCCCAAGUUUCAGAAUGUUACAAGGGCAGUUCCGCCAGUCACGACAAACGCCCGACAAACAGGCGAAGACAUCAUCUCCUGCGCAAACUACCCCCAUCUACUGGGGAUAGUUCCACCCCAGGAGAAAUCAAGUAUCUGUUAGAAGCGACAGUACGGCAGGAUAGCCUCCUAAGUGGAACCCAGAAAGUCGUUGAGUCUCCCGUACCAUCGAUUGCGCGUGUCUCCUUCUCAGCUUCCUAA